ACAAGGCGUGCGAGCGGCCUUCUUUUACAAUUUCAGGAAAGUUCAAGGAAGUAGCAUUGCAGAUGAAGCGAACCUACUUUCAUGAUAGUUUUUUUUUAGGAAAAAUAUUAUUGUUUUCGUUGCUGAAGAUGUUACUCUAGCAAACUUUCUAUAUUGCUUCUCCCGAAGUUGCUGGUUAAUUUUUGCAGAGUGAUUAAAGUAGGAUGGCUUCUUCUUCUUCCACUACGGUUGAAGUGAAAAAGCAUGAUGUAUUCCUCAGUUUCUGUGGUGAUGACACCCGCCACACGUUUGCCAACACUUUACAUGAAAUUUUGCAGAGCACUGGUAUUGAUGUUUUCAUCGAUUACAGUUUUCAGAGAGGAGAGCACAUUUCUUCAUAUCUUAUGAAGAAAAUUUCGCAUUCCAUGAUUUCAGUUGUCAUUUUCUCGAAAGGUUAUGCAUCUUCAAGAUGGUGUCUGGAAGAACUUGUGAAGAUCUUGGAGUGCAGGAAUACGGAAAAACAGGUGGUAAUACCAGUUUUCUAUCGUGUCAAUCCAUCAGAUGUAAGACAUCAAACUGGAUUUUUCGGAGACGGAUUUGCAAAUCUUCUAGUAAGUAUGGAUGAGGGGAAGUUAGAGAGGGUACAAAGGACAGAAGAACAAUGUAAAGAGAAGGUGCUGCAGUGGAAGAAUGCUUUGAGAGAAGCAGCUAAUAUAUCCGGCCGAUCAACUGAAGAGGACCCGUUCGAUUAUAGUCUUGCAAAUAAAGUUGUCCAAGAUAUUUGGUUGACACUAAACAAAAUGAUACCGACUAAUAAUUACGGAGAUUUGGUUGGUGUUGCAUCAACCAUCCCCCAUGUUAUAGAUUUAUUGAGCACUCCGUUGGAAAAUGUCCAUGUUAUAGGAAUUUGGGGAAUGCCUGGUAUAGGUAAGACAACUAUUGCAAAUUGUGUAUUCAACCAAAUAAGAAGUCGUUUUGAGGGUUCUUAUUUUGCUAACAAUAUUAGGGAAAAAUCAAUGAGUCCUAACCAACUAGAACCAAUGCGACAAGAACUUCUUUCAACUAUUUUUAAACGUGCUGAUUUGGUGAUAAAUUCCAAAGCAACAGAAACAAUGUUUAAACGAAAACGGGUUUUUAUUGUUUUUGAUGAUGUGACAACUUUUAGUCAAAUAGAAUAUUUAGUUGGAGAUAUGUAUUCCUUAGGUAAAGGAAGUCGAAUUAUUAUAACAACUACAGAUAAACAAGUACUUCGAAAUUGUGGAGUGUAUGAAAGAUAUAUAUAUGAGAUGAAGGGAUUGCCUGAGGAUGAAGCUCUCAAACUUUUUAGUUGGUACGCUUUUAAGCAAAGUAAUCCUGACAAAGAUUAUGAUGACCUAUCAAAAAGGGUUGUAAAAUAUGUUGAAGGUGUUCCAUUAGCUCUUAAAGUGUUGGGUUGUUAUUUACUUGGUAAGUCAAAACAAAUUUGGGAAAGUGCAAUAAAUAGAUUAGAAAUAAUUCCUCAUAAGGAUAUUCACAAUGUACUAAAAGUAUGUUACCAGGGACUGAGUGAUGAUGAACAAAAUAUGUUUCUAGAUAUUGCAUGUUUCCUUAAGUUGGAGGAUAUAGAAUUUGUGAUGGAUUUCUUGAAUGCUUGUUACUUGGAGGCUGGAAUCGAAGUAAGUGUUCUCAAAGACAAUUGUCUCAUGAACAUAUCGAGAGAUAAUAAGGUAACAAUGCACACUUUGCUUCAAGAUAUGGGAAGGGAAAUUGUCCGACAAGAAUCCCCAAGAAAUCCUGGUACACGUAGCCGUUUAUGGUACUAUAGAGAUAUUGAUAGUGUAUUGAAGGAAAACAAGGUGUCUAAUGCAAUCGAAGGCAUAUGUUUAGACAUGUCUCAGCAAGCAGAGAACAUAUACUUACAACCUUCUUCUUUAGGAGUGAUGGAUCAACUGAGAUUCUUUAAACUACAUAACUCAGUGGAUAAUAUCAAUAAGGUGCAUGUUUCCCACAAGCUUAGUUUUAUUUCUUCUGAGCUACGAUACGUAUGCUGGUAUGGAUGUCCAUUGGAAUCAUUGCAGCCAAAUUUUCUGUCAAAGAACCUUGUUGCACUUGACAUGCCUCAUAGCCAUAUUGAACAACUUUGGUCAAGUGUUCAGCUUGUUAAUUUGAAACGUAUUGAUCUAAGUUUUUCCAAACGUCUGAGAAGCCAAGAUCUCUCAUUGACUCCAAAUGUUAAAAUUUUGGUUCUGGAAGGUUGUACAAGUUUACAUGAGAUUUCCUCGUCCAUUCACGGUUGCAAAUAUGAGCUUCAUAUGUUAAAUCUAAGGCACUGCAGAAGCCUUGAGAGUCUUCCAACAGACAUUCAUGUAGCAUCUUUCGAAAAAGUUAUCUUUUCUGGAUGUUUGAAACUCAAGCAAUUUCCACAGGCCUCGUGGGAUAUGAAAGAGAUAUAUUUAGAUGAAACUGCAAUCGAGGAUUUGCCCUCAUCAAUAGAGAAUUUAUCCAGACUAGUUAUAUUAAAUCUUAAGGACUGCUUAAUGCUUCAGGGGCUCCCAAGCAAUAUCUACCAGUUGAAAUCUCUUCAAUAUCUCAAUCUGUCGUGGUGUUUAAAACUUGAUGGAUUGCCUGAUAAAUUGGGAAAUUUAGAAGCUUUGAGGGUGCUUAAAGCAGAGAGGGUGGCUACAAGAGAAGUACCGACAUCCAUUCUAAAUUUAAGGUGUCUAGAAGAGUUAGAUCUGACCAACUGUGGUAUUGUGAAGUUGCCGAACAAUCUUGGUCAGUUAUCAUCGCUAAAAUGUUUACUUCUUGGCAGAAACUUCUUUAACAGCAUUCCAGAAAGUAUAGAACACUUGUCUGAAUUAUCUUAUCUUGAUGUAAGCUAUUGCGAGAGCCUUCAAAUCCUGCCAAAGCUUCCAAGCAAAUUAGGCAAUAUAAAUGCAAACAAUUGCAUAAGUUUACGAGAUCUUCUGAAAAGAGAUUUUUCUCCCAGCAUAAGAUUUAACUUCAGCAAUUGUUUCAAACUGAAUCAAAAUUCCUGCAGUCAAAUUAUGAGACAAUUUCGAGUGUCAGCGAAUCUUCAAAUUUCAAGGGGAUCGGGACAGGAAAUUUUUCUAGAAACUGAUAGAAGUUAUUUCUGUUUUCCGGGAAGUGAAGUUCCAGAAUGGUUUACCUUGUGUGCUGCAGGUUCUUCUGUAACGUAUCCAUGGGCAAAUAUUUGCAGUAGUGAAUUGACUUCUCUUCUUAUCUGUGUUGUGGUGGAGUUUCGAGACUAUAAUAAAGACCAAGGUUUGGCGAUUGGCUUGGACUGGUUGCUCAAGAGAGAAUAUGGUGCAGAAGAAGUUAUCCACGGAACUUGGAGUGUAUGGGACAAUGGUACUGGACCCGACUAUGUGGAAUCAGAUCACGUAUUCCUGGGAUUUUAUCCUGCUUUCAAGUUCGAUGAUCCACUUUUACCUAGAGGUGAAAGAUAUCGUGACAUAGGCAUCCGAUUUCAUGUUCAGAAUUCAUAUGCUGAAAGACUACACUACUGCAACGUAAAGAAGUGUGGUUUUCUUGGUCGAUAUCUGAUUCCAGACAAGGACCCUUCUGAUUUAUACUUCGAUGCUCACUUAGAAUAGUAAAAGACGAAGAAACUGCCAACAAAAAGUGGUGAGAUUAUCCCUUUCACUCUAAACCUAUAAUAGAGAAUGGUGGAUCAGACAAAAUAUUAUUUAUAGAUGUAUGUAAUGUAAACUUGGUAAAGUGAUACUUAUUGUAUGAAUAAUUUUGAAGGAGCUCUCAUUAUCACAUGUAACAAGUAAGUCACUCUUUCUAUCUUUGCUUUUUGGAAUUAUGACCUAUAAGAAGCACAUUGACUCUUAAAACAUA